UCAAAAUGCACUGCGUAACAGUAAUGACCGUUAUGUUUACUGUCAUCUGUGCGUCAGAUUACAGACAUGAAUAAAAACAUUCCUGACUAAUUGUGUCCUACAGUAGGCUAUACAGAGUGCACAAGUUACUGAUGUCACGAGCGCGCGUUACUCAUUCGAGGUUAGGCAUACCACACAAGACGUCGCGCGCUCUCAGUUCUUCAACAGGAGAGGGAGGAGAUGCGCUUGACGGCUCUACUGCCACAUUAAAACCCACAAACAGCACAAAUGACCACGCCGAACAGUUUUGUCCCAUGGGCAGGGGAAGUAAAAUGGGAAGGCAACGCUUAAAAUCUGAUGAAUGGUUGUCCACAGAGGGUCUUGUGAGUUUGUGUGAUCUUCAGCACUGAGCUCAAUGUCUUCUGAAUGUACGUGGUCGGUCCUCGUCAUGUUGUGCUUCAUCCUGGCUACAGGUGCACAUGGAGGAAAAGUGUGCACUGUAAGGUCAAGCAAAGGUGAAAAUGUCCUCUUUGGAUCCAAUUUCACCUUCUCCUGCAUCUUUAACAAGCAAUGCACCAAACUAAUGUUUCGGAAUAGGACGCUAAUUAAAUAUAAACAAUACCCCAAUUCAAGUGAGGUGUCUGUGGAUGUUAAGAAUUUAACAGAGCCAAGCACCUUCAGCUGCAAUUGUAAGGAGGAGCGCUCAGAACCAUGUGGAAUUGACAUCAAACCAGGAUACCCUCCACAUGUUCCACAAAAUCUGACCUGCAUUCAGAAAAUUAAAUCUGGCAACGUCACUUGCAUUUGGACAACAGGAAAGGGUACCAUAAUCAACACCACAUGUCAGUUACGGGUUCAAAAUGGCCUGCACCUUGCCUACGAGAGUACUAUGAACUCUACAGGAUUUUGUCACUCCAGCUUUCCCAUCAAAAACUUAAUAAUGCCACAGCUCUUCAUGUUGCUCAAUGUCUCUAAUAGCCUGGGCUCAAAAACCUCAGGCCCCCACACCAUCAUCCUCAACAAUAUAGAACCCUCAAUGCCUGAAAUCGUUAAUGUGAGCUGUUCUUCUCGAUGGUGCAACCUACACACAGACAAUCACAGCUUGAAUGUGGUUGAAAUGAAAUACAGUGAAGUAAAUGGGAACUGGAGCACCCUUCAGACUGAUGGUAAGAGCAGAUUGAACAUAUCCUCACUGCAGCCAUAUACCACGUACAAUUUCCAGAUCAGGAGGAAAAUCAACGAUAGUGUAGGUCUGUGGAGUGAAUGGAGUCAACAAAAGGCAGCAAAAACCAAAGAAGAAGCUCCUGAUAAGGUGCUUGAUGUCUGGUACCUUCAAGAACCGAAACCCCCACAAUCUAACAGCAAGUGUUUCCACAUAUUUUGGAAGGAACUGAAUUUAUCAGAUGCCAAGGGGGAAAUUCUGAGGUAUAAUAUAAGUGUUCGAGAGCAAACGGGAAUGAGGAACCCUAUCAUCGCAGUUCCACCCAGCAGAAAUGAGAGAAUAUGCUGCUCUCAUUGUUCUGUGUCAGUGUCCGCAGUUAACUCAGUGGGUCAAUCUCCUGUCAAAUUUAUUACUCUGCAUUUUCCAGGUCUGGUUUCAGGUUUCCUGUCACACAGGACAUUGAAUAAUUACAGUGUUGCCCUCUUCUGGCACAAGCUUGCCAUUGCAGGCACUGAAUAUGUGGUGCAUUGGUAUCCAGUUGGAAACAUAGAGGCGAUUCAGUGGAUUAGAGUGGUGGAUACCACAGCUCACAUUACAGGUCUGCAGCCUCAACAAUGCUAUGAAGGUGCAGUUACCGCUCUGCGAUCACCUGGUCCCAAAAUGGCAUCCAUUAAAAGCAUCUCCACAUGGCAGUCAGCUCCAGAACAGGGUCCAGUUCCUCAACUUUGCUCGAAGAACAGCGAGAGCUUGAAUGUGACAUGGUCUGAAAUCCCUCAAAGGAAGAGAAAAGGGUGUUUGAAAAAAUACACUGUCUACUUGAUGGACAAGUUGAAGGGAGAUAUUCACAAUUUCAGUGUAGACCAUCCAAACAGACAGUAUGUCAUCAGCAGUCUGUCCCCAGGACAGUGUUACAGUCUGUGGGUUACUGCCUGGACUGAUGCUGGGGAGGGACCCAAAGGAAGUGAUCUCCCAGUCUGCACACCAUCAGACUCUGAGAGAAUGCUGUCCCUUGUGAUCUUGACUGGUGGAGCAGUACUUUUGGCCUGUCUUAUCCUCCUGUGUUUCUGUCAGUUCACCUCCGUCCAGAAAAGGUUCUUAUGCUGUUGCCAGGGUCUGCUGCCUAUUAUUCCAGAUCCAGCAAACAGCAAAUGUGCAAAGACAUGCGCUGAUGAUCAGAGUGAAAUCAAAUUCUACCUAGACCAGUGUGACUCCAGCGUGAACGAGGAGCCUUACAACGUGGAUGUGGAGGAAGUUCCCUAUCCCUCCAUCUGCACCUACAUCAAAAGUUUCUCUCAGGAGUCCAGCUCCUCUGAUGCCACCCAGAUCACCAGGAUCACAGACAUGACGGAGGACUACAUCUCCACUCAUGGCGCAAUAAGUGGAGGAGAAGAGGAAGAUGAAGAAGAGGAGACAGGUUUUGAAUUCUUCCCAAGCACGCACAGCCCUUUCCUGGAGCCCCUGGUUUUAACUGGAGGAAAGCUGACGCUGGAUGCAGUGAAAAUAGACUGCAGCGAGUUUCUAGAUCGCACAUGAUUCUCAAGAGGCAUUAAAAUUUGACCUGACAGUGACUAUACUACGGAUGCUGAAAAACAACAAUGGACAGCCCAAGAAUAGUCAGUCAGAAGGACAAACUUUUUCUCCUUGCUCUGAAAUCCAGCCAUACCGGGGCAUCUCAAGCUAAUGUUGGACAUUUUCGCAAUGUAACGCAAAUAGCAAAAGAUUUUCUUUUUGCAUAUUGUGAUGAACAUCCAAGUGAAAUGGAUACAAUGUAUGACAGGAUUGCUACUAUCUGUCUGUUGUUGAUUGGAUGGAAGCAGAUCUGAAUGCAAGCUUGCAGUUGAUUUUACGGAAGCAAAUGGUUUAAGCGGAGAAGUCUGGCAUUGAAGUCUGAUGCUUCACUGGAAGAUAAAAUUAUAUUUUAAUAAAAAAAAUAAUAUAAGGUCAAAAAAAAAAAAAAAUACACAGCCUGCCUCAGCUACUUAUCUCUGAAAUACAGAUGACCUAACAGACUGUUAACAGCCCAUCAAGAGUACGGAUACUUAAAGAAUGUAAAUUGUAAAGGUUUUAGGCCAUAUUCUACAGAAAUUUCAUCUAUCCACUAAAACACUCAGCAGCUGUCCAACACUAACUUUAAAACUGUCAUUUUUCAACUCUUUCACAUAAAUCAAGAAAAAAUUGCACAAGUUUCAAUAUCAAGACUCAGUACUCAUAUCUACUCUAAUGCAAGAUGUUUGACACAAAUACAUGUCAUCAGCACAUUAAAUUUUCAUCAGCUCAGCUGAAUACUGUCCAAAUGUAAAGUUUUUAUUUGCAAGUAAACCUUUAAAGUCAAAGCAUCAAUAAAAUAAAAUAAAUGUUUUUAGGA